GCGGGUGUGCAGAUUGGCAAUGCGUGUUGGGAGCUGUUCUGCCUUGAGCACGGCAUCCAGCCUGACGGCCAGAUGCCCUCUGAUAAGACGAUCGGCGGCGGCGACGAUGCCUUCAACACAUUCUUCUCCGAGACUGGCGCCGGCAAGCACGUCCCCCGCUGUGUGAUGGUCGACCUGGAGCCCACUGUGGUCGAUGAGGUUCGCACGGGUACCUACCGUCAGCUGUUUCACCCUGAGCAGCUCAUCUCUGGCAAGGAGGACGCCGCGAACAACUUUGCGCGAGGGCACUACACCAUCGGCAAGGAGAUCGUCGACCUCGUCCUCGAUCGGAUCAGAAAGUUGGCCGACAACUGCACUGGCCUCCAGGGCUUCAUGAUCUACAAUGCCGUCGGCGGAGGCACUGGAUCUGGGCUCGGCUGCCUGAUGCUGGAGCGCUUGUCUGUGGAUUACGGGAAGAAGACGAAGGUCUCUUUUACCGUGUGGGCGUGCCCGCAGGUCGCCACAGCAGUGGUGGAGCCCUACAACAUUCUGCUCUGCGUGCACUCCCUCCUAGAGCACACAGACAACAUGCGGAAGCGGACGUACAAAUGGAUCAGGAAUCCGGCGCAGAGCUGUGGAGCCGCCGUGUACAACGCGACCGAGCAGAGACAGUAUUCGGGGCAAGCUGCGGUGGAGAAGCUCCGUAGUUUUUAUCACGGCCAUUUCAGUAGCGCAGGGUCUGGGAACCAGCCCGAGGAGUACAUGCUGCACUACGCAGAGGAGGUGGAGGAGGCGGAGGAGAAAAUCCAGCAGGCGGUGGCGCAGGAGGAUCGCCAUCGUCAGCACAUCUACGCCAUGCUCGGCCACAGUGAUUUGCGCUGGGGAGCCCCAUCAGCAGGCAGCGUGCGGCGGCUUUUGAGGACGAUGGCAGGCACCGCGGCUGGCCAAGACCAGUGGUUAGCGAGCGAGCUGCUCCUCCUGCCAGACCUUGCUUACGAUGACCUGGCGGAUCUGUGCCUUGGCUUCGAGGCGGGAGGGUGGCCCCCGAGCCUCAAGAGGUGGAGGCAGACCCACAUCCCGAAGGAGAGCGACAGCAUCCCGAAAGUGGACCGCAUGAGGCCCAUCGCCAUCGCCAGCACGGUGGUAAGAAUGUGGCACAAACACCGAGCAGAGCAGACCGCAGAGUUCCUGGAGCCGGCUUUCGAGGCGGAACAAGCUGGCGGCCUGCGCCAGAGAACGCUCGAGGGGUUCCUGGAGGGCACGCUGACGGAGGUCGAACAAACGAUGGUCGCCAACAGGAUCGCGGGCACCCCUGCGUACGACCUCCUGAGCGAAGACGACAAGCAGAGAGUGGACAGCAAGAAGGGCGCCCUCUACGGCUCCUCCUGGGACUUCGAGAGCGCCUUCGACAGGACGGAUCCAGUGAUUGUAGGACGCAUCUGGAAAGAGUGUGGUGUGCCCCAUGGCAUCGUGGAUGGCAUCGUGGACAUAUGGUGCAACCAGGAGCGGUGGAUUGAGAGUGCCGGCCUAGUCGCUAGUGAGCCCAUCGCGGUUCCACGGUCGUUGCCGCAAGGAGACCCUGCCAGCAUGCUUGGCAUGGCCACCGUGCUCAUGCCGCCGACGCGCCGCAUGAAACGGAGGGUGGCGACGGCCACGUGCUGCGUGUACGCCGACGACCGCACGGCCUGCGCGAGGAGCCUGGAGGACAUGCAGGAGGUGGAACGGCACUGGGGGGAGCUGGAGCAGCUUACGGCGCUGCGGACGCACCCGGGCAAGACCCAACGGUUCGUCGUCUCCGCGGACGCGCGCGACGCCGGCGAGGACCGCGGCGCCGACAGAGGCGCCAGAAGCAGCUUCAAGGUUCUCUGUGUCGACUUCUCCUUCGACGAAAGGGAGCUAACGCCCAGGGAGAUGGGGAAACUCAAGGCAGGCAUUGAGAGGCUGCAGAGGGUUGCCAGGCUACCGCUGGGCUGGCGGGCAAGGAGGCGCGCGGUGGCGACGGCAGCCAUGCCCCCGAUGGCGCGGGGGCUCGUCGCGGCCCUGCCGCAGGAGGCGCAACUGAUGGAGGUGCGACGGGAGGUGAGGAGAGCAGUGUGCGGCAGGAGGUGGCCCUCUGCGUCGGUGGAGCUCCUGCAUCUCCUAGCGGUGGGCCACUACGGCGACCUGCGGCACCACCUGGCGGACAGAUGUCGGGCCUUCCACCAGGCCAGGAGGAGGAGGCAGGGCACGGAGGAGGAGCUGGCAUGGCAGAGGCUGGUGGAGGUGACGGACAGUUGCGGCCCGACGCGCUGCCUGCAGCGACACCUAGAGACAAUGGGCUUCCACAGGGACACCCACGCGGGCGAUUGGAAGCAUGGCGAGAGGCACUUGCGCAUCGACGACCGCAGGGGCAGAGCGGCGCACGUGCUCCGCGAGGCCUGGCGGCAGGAGCGCUGGGGCGCCUUCAAGGCCCAAGGGGCGACGAGACGUGACAGCAGAUUAGCUGUGGAGGAAGGUGUCGCCUUCGAUGAAAGAGCCUUCCACGUCGCGACGGAAGUGCUGCAGUCAGGCGCGCUUGGCAGCCAUGCGCUGGCCGUGCUCACCGGGGCCAUGCGGAGCGAUGCCAGGCUGGACGCGGCGAUGGGCAGAGAGCCGCGCCCGUGCAGCGAUUGCCCGAGCGGCGAGGUGCCAGACGUGGUCCACCAUUGGUGGCGCUGCGACGGGUGGGCCGGCAGGAGGAGAGGUAUUGCCACGCCGCGGAGCGCGCUGGCCAGACGGAUGGGAUGGCCAGAGGAGGCGCUCCAGGGCGCAGACGCCCGCCGGGCAUGGCGGAAGCAGCUCGAGUACGUGGCUGGCGUGCGCCAGAGCCUCGUCGAGGCUUGUGCCGUCAAACAAGCCACCAGCGUGCCGCGGCAUGCUGAGGCCAGUUUCGCUGGCUUGGUUUUCCCCAUGCAUGACAACGAGGCAUUGUGCGACAUAUGCCGCCGCAACCUUGAUAUCGAGCGCCCGACUUACACUAACUUGAACAGGCUGCUGGCGCAUAUCAUCUCCUCGCUAACUGCGUCGUUGCGCUUCGACGGGGCUCUCAACGUGGACAUCACCGAGUUCCAGACGAACUUGGUGCCCUACCCGCGGAUUCACUUCAUGCUCUCGAGCUAUGCGCCGGUGAUCUCGGCGGAAAAAGCGUACCAUGAACAGCUGUCGGUGGCGGAGAUCACCAUGUCUGUCUUCGAGCCCGCAUCCAUGUUCGUGAAGUGCGACCCUCGCCAUGGCAAGACGGGGAUGGCUUGUCUGCGCGUCUUCCUGCUGGUGGCCACGUGCUUGCUGGAGGCGACUGGAACGGCCACUUUGGAAAGGCGGGCGGGGCCGUGCUGGGACGUGAUGCCCGCACUUCUGGGGUUCCAGCCCUCGCUGCUCACCGUGAGACGCAGCGGGCGGGGCGAAAAGGAACUCGAGCAGAAGUGGGAGGAGAUUCGCUUGUGCGACGACCCCGCCAGAGAGACAACCCUUCGAACGGAACACAAGCAGAUGCGUGUUCUUGUGCAGCGUCAAGAGCGCCAAUGUAAGGCCGCCUUCAUCGAGUCUGCGUGCCAGGAGGUGGAGCAUGCCAUCGCGCAGCAUGACACGGGCAAGAUGUAUCGUUCAUUACGUGAGCUCGGCGUCUGGUUGCAGGGCUUCUCUUGGAAGGAGUCAGACCCGUUUACCCCGGAGGAGGCCCGCGACCACUUCAUUAACAUCGGCGGGCAACCGAAUUCUCUGCCCAACCUUCCUACUGUUGUGGACAGGUUACCCCAGCGCCCUGUCGACGACGCCCUGGCUGCGCGCCCGGAGGCAGCGGAAAUCGACAACGCCAUCAGGGCCACGCGCGUGUCUGCGGGGGGGGCGGACGAGGUGGCGAUUGACAUGAUCAGGCAUGGCGGGGAUCAGGCGCGGCAGUUAGUGAGAUUGCUCGCACGGCGCAUGUGGGACCUUGAAGAUGACGCGCGGCAGGAGGAGGCGGUGUUGAAGGGUGUGAUCCAUCUCUUGUACAAGGGCAAGGGAUCGCGCAGUGAUCUCGAUAAGUACCGCGGUAUUUGUUUACUAUCUAUUGUUUCUCGAAUCCUUGCCCGUGCGCUGGCCCUUCGCUUGGCUGACUGGGCAGAGCGCCGUGAUAUCUUGGUCAACGAACAGUUCGGCUUCCGCUCCUGGCGCUCUACCCGGGACGCCGCCAUGAUCACGCGGAUCGUCUUGGAGGAGUCGGCCCGACGGCUCGGCCCAGAGGUCGACGACCACUUCGUCCUUCUCCUGGCGGACAUCAAGAAAGCGCACCCGAACACCAGCAGGCAACUAUGCUGGGCGGUCCUUGCUUGCGAGGGUAUGCCAGAGCACGUUAUCGAGCUGCUGCGCCGACUGCACUCCACGACGCUCUACACAGGGUGCCCGUGCCUUCGCACGGGCGCCCCGCGGCGUCCUCGCGCAGACGAUGAUGCCGUUCUGGAGUACAUGCUUCGUAUUCUUGGCUUCGCUGAUGACACGUCCGCGGGCGCGCUGUUUAGCAGGGCUGCCGGCGACGAAGCGCUUAUCACGGCCACUCUAGCAGAGUGCGGCGAGACCACGCACCCAGACAAGUGGGAACGCCUGCGUGUGGGGCGCCACGGCGACGCGGUGCCAGACGGCUACGCCAGCUGGGCCAAGCUUCUCGGCGUGUGUUUCGACGUGGAUGGCGGCGCGCGGAAGGGCGCAGACGAACGGCGACUCGCGCAGACCGAUUUGCGUUUGCGCACUGGGCUUCGGACUCCAGAGGAGUACGUGGCACGGAGGCAGCUUGGAUACGUUGGUCAUCUCGGACGGUACCCGGCAACGCGCGUUGAGGCGCAGGUCCUGGGCUCAGCUUUCGUCAUGCGUCGCAGUGAGACCUCUACCGCGGCGGCGGGGCACAAUUUGAUCGACACAUACUGGUCCUGGAUCACGAAGGUGAUGGGGCACACCGACAUCCCAGAGGAGCAUUGGCCGACGGCCUGGAAGGGUGUCGCUGUUGCUGGGCCGACGAGGGGCGCCGAGCGGCGCCGCCUGAGUGAUGCCGCGUGCGCCGAGAUCGCUCGCGCUGCUGCUGGAGAUACCUGGGUGAAACUUCAUUCGCAGGACAAUUCGGCGGAGGAGGUGACUGCCAUGCUGGAGAACGUGGUACGCAAUCCCCAGACUGGCCUGUUAAGAUGUCCCAAGUGCUCGAACGAGUACCCCACCAAGAGCAUCUACGUCCACCUGCGGGGGUGCACCGGGCAGGCGGCCACCCAGCGGCAGCCGGCGCAGUGCGACCGGCGCGGCCGAUUCUUCCGCAACAUGGUGCAUCACCAGAAGGUCUGCAAGGAGCCCCGCCGUCGACUUCGAGGGAAAGGUCCCCGCGUGCGGGUUCCUACCGACCGCGCGCGCCUGCCCGGGGAGUUCAUCUCGCAGCGCCGGGGUUCAGGUGCCCGUACUGCGAGACAGCAGAAGAGCCCGACGCACAGGUACGUGUGCAAGUUGGCGCCGUACGAGGUGCGGCAGGCUCAUGUCAAGACGAAGCAGGCGCGGGCUUUCACAGCAGAGGUGAUGGCGACGUGGCCGCUGGUGACCGCCCACCCUGAUGGCAGAAACACGCUGGCGCAGCUCGGGGUGGCGCCUGCGGCCCCUGGGCAGGGUGCCGCCCGAGGAGGCGGCCACCGUGCGCCGCUGCGCACUGUCGAGGAGGUGCUGUCGGCGGUCGUCCGGCUGGGCAUUUCGCACGACCGUGCCAUCCAGGCCGUCACGGACAACACAAACUUGGUCUUCUUGGUGUAUGAGCAGUCCCUCAAGGACAAGAUCCAGGGCAUUCGAGACAAGUGGAAGGCUAAUGAGCCCGACACCGCCAACACGCCGCACCCCAGUGGCCAGCCGCAGCGUCUGCUCGUUUGGAGCGGGCUGAUCGUGGCCCUCCGGGGCGCGUACAAGGCCGAUCCCCAUGAUGGGCAGCCUCCCGAGUUUUGGCUGGCCGCCAGGGCGGCCACGGCGUCGCUCGCCGACGCGUCGAUGGAGGAAAUGGGCCGCCUCAUCUUCCGCCUGCAGGCCAAGCACAAGGAGCCGCUCAAGGACGACAAGAGGACGGACCGUUGGUGGAGGGAGUCACUUGCCGAGUGGCAGCGCUUCCUGAGAGGCAAGGGCGGCGGCAAGGGGGGCGCGAGUGGCAAAGGUUUCGCGGGCUACCCUCUGGGGUGGAAGGGCGCCAACGGCACGUGGUUGACGCGGCUAACGAGGCUCUGGCGGGCGUGGCUCUGGGCUGGAGAAGCCGCGGCGCGGCCCGCACGUGGGUGUUUAUUCGUGGAUUGGUGCCCCACGGGCUUCAAGUGCGGCAUCAACUAUCAGCCGCCCACAGUCGUCCCAGGCGGCGACUUGGCCAAAGUCAUGCGCGCCUGCUGCAUGAUCAGCAACUCCACUCCCAUCGCAGAGGUCUUCUCGCGCAUCGACCAAAAGUUCGACCUCGUGUACUCGAAGCGCGCGUUCGUGCACUGGUAUGUGGGCGAGGGCAUGGAGGAGGGCGAGUUCUCCGAGGCUCGCGAGGACCUGGCGGCGCUGGAGAAGGACUACGAGGAGGUGGGCAUCGAGACCGCGGAGGGCGAGGGCGAGGAAGAGGGCUACGGCGACGAGUUCUGA